AUGCUGAUGUGCAAAGAGUUCUCUCAGUACGCCGCGUUGGGAGACAAUGAUGUCGCCAAGGAGUCUGCGAGGACAGCAGCGAACGACAGACAGCCGUUGCGUGUCUCGGAGCCUAUCAAGGGCUCAGAGCAGGUCGGGAACUGGCAGCUAUCACUGCCAUGGGCUUAUGCUAUCCCAUUCACCGCCGCCAUGGUGUUAUUACACGAAUUUGUGUCACAAGCGAUCUUCGCAGUUCGUGUGGGAAGCUAUAACCUGGAUGGCGAACCUCGCAGCUACAAUUCAGGCUGUGGGUGGUCCAUAAAAGGCAUCAUUGCUUCUGUGGUGAUCGGAGGAGCCAUGAUAGCCGCGUUAGGUGCGCUAGCGAUAUUCGGUCGGCUGAAAAGGGGCGCUCCUACUGUGGGUAGCUGCAGUGUAGCCUUGGCUGCUGCAUGUCAUGCACGGCCUGAGGAUGCUGGGGCGGAGCUGAAGAUGGUGAGCUUUGGUAUGGUGGAAGAGAUACAAAUUGAUGGGAAGAGUCUUGGGAGAGUUGGAUUCGGUAGCAAGGACGUACGCGCACUUCGGGAUGGCAACGAAUAUCUGUAA